AUGCCGCACCGAGCGAAGACCUACGAUAUCCGAAAGGCGGAGCGGAAGGAUCUGUACACGGACUUUGGGAAACGCAUCGAGUUUUUACAGGCCUUUCUUAACUUCACCGAGGAUGACGUGAUUAUCUUCAACAAGGGCGCGAAAUACCUCAAGGCGGCCCUCCCCGACCUCACGCAUCGUCUGUACGCCAAGAUGCUUGACUUCGACAUCACAGCCCGCGCGUUGCGGACGCGGACCACGACCUCCGAGGGCGAGGUGGAGGACCUGUUUACCCUGGACAGCCCGCAUGUGCAGCGGCGGAAGAUCUUCUGGAAGUGGUAUCUGACGCGGCUGUUCUCUGACCCCAGUGAGAUCGAGUACUGGGAAUAUCUGGCCAAGGUGGGGGAAAUGCAUACCGGCAAGGUUUUGAUGCAUCCGCUGAAGAUCGAAUACAUGCACAUGAACACGUGUCUGGGGUUCGUCAACCAACUCGCCAUCGAGACCAUCUCCCUCCAGCCGGACAUGUCGAUCACGUACAAGUUCGCGCUGAUCCGCACCCUUAACAAGAUUCUCUGCAUCCAGAACGACCUGAUCUCGCGGUGCUAUACCCGCGAGGGCGAGGAGUUCGAGACUGGCCCCAAGGCGGACACAGGCACGGGGGCCCAGUCAUACGGCUGCCCACAUAUGGAGGCCACCGAGUCGGAUGGCAGAUGGACGGGGGAGAUGAGAUCAGACGCCGACACGGCCUCAACGGAUACCAGGCCCAUCACAGAUCGACCAGACACGGCGUCGAUAGAAGCCAGCCGACCCAACACCGGCACGCCCUCCAUCCCAGACCCCCGAUCCGAGCGCCCCAGCCCCAACCCAGACAGCCGCCCGAACACCGCCAACGCAUCCAGCACCGACGGGGCCUCCUUAACAGACACGCGCUCGAACAGCGACGCCUCGUCGCUGGCCCAAGACCGAUCGCUGCACCCACGCUGUCUAAUGCCCGGGGCCAGCGGGAGCCAGUCCCGGCCCACCUCAUCAGGGAGGUCCCAGGCGUCCUCCAGCUCCGGCGGCCGAGAACGCAGCGCCAGCAUCGAUCUCAUCCGGAUCAUUUCCUCCGCCGACACAGGCAGCUCGACGGAUCUCCCCUUCACGGGGGGUCAUCACAUCUCGCCCAGCUACGCGGGCACAUUACCGGGGUUCACGUCGCCGUUCGCCCCCGAGCAGACCUUCGAGACGAAGAUCUGGUCCGCCAAAUCCAAGCAGAAAUGGUACAAAGCGGCCGAGAACCCUAAAGUGUAAAUAAGAAUCCUCAUCUUCGUUGGUGACAUGCCCUAGACUU